UCUUCUCCUUCUCCACAUCUCCAUUAACAUCCCUUCAGGCCUUCACCCAAAUUUUCUCCCAUUACCAGAAAUUCAAACACAAAUUGAGAAGAAAACUCAACAAUAUGGGAAAUGGAUACAAUCAACAUCAUCAACAACAGCUUUAUCACCAUAUUCGCCAUGGAAGCUCAAGCUUCUUCUUACCAAUGCUUUGCAAACUUUCAAUCAAAGAUGUAAAAUUACAAAACUCCAAACCUCCUUCUUCCGCAAAUCCUUCCACUAAUACUACUCACACCGAACCUACUUCCCCAAAAGUAAGUUGUAUGGGCCAAGUCAAACGAAACAACAGAGUAACUGGAUUUCCGACGCCGUACAGACCUACUUCCACCGCCAUAACUAGACCGGUAAAUUCUAAAGUGAAGUACAUGAAGCUGAAGAAAUUGUUCUCCGGUAAGAAUUUUACUCCCGCCGGUAAUGGCGGAGAUCGGAAAUCUGAUAGAAGUAAAAUUAAUGGAGUUGCUGUUGUUGAAGUGAAUGUUAGUGAAUUAGAUCCGCCGUUGCCGGUAGUGAAGAAGGUGAAUCCGGUACCGGCGGCGGACGGCGGUUUAUGGAAGAGAAGAUCUGGUGGUAGUGCAUUGAAAAGUUUGCAGAUCCAACAGAUUCAGUUACCGAAUCACAAUACUUUACUGCAACCGACCACUGUCUAGUGAGUUACUGUUUACAAAAAUUUACUGUAGAUUUUUUUUGUAAAUGAUUAAUUUUUUUUUUUACAUUUUAUUUAGUGUAAUGAAUAACAAAG